AAGAAAAUAUCUACAAAUAAAAAAAAAACACAAAAAUAAACAAGAUAAAGGCGGUGUGCAAUGUUUAUAUUUAGUCAUUGGCCACAAAAUUUCUGCAAGUCGAUAUCGAUUCACAGCUGAUAGAUUGCAGUGAAGGAGGUGGACAUCCGCGUUCUAACAACCCUAAUUUCCUCUUUUUUCAACUUCUUAUCCUCAAUUGCCUCUCCUAUCGAUUCAUCUUCGCUGAUUUGUACAACGACGUUCGAUUUCCGAUCUUGAUCGGUUUAUGUUGAAUCUCUGCAAUAUAUCUGAAUAAUCGUAUUGAGAAAUGUCGCUUUUGCCAAAAGGCGAUUCUAUUCAGAUUCGCGAGGUAUGGAAUGACAAUCUGGAAGAAGAAUUCACGUUGAUUCGAGGUAUCGUUGAUGAUUUUCCGUACGUAGCAAUGGACACCGAGUUUCCAGGGAUUGUUCUUCGCCCCGUUGGUAAUUUUAAAAACAACAACGAUUAUCAUUACCAGACGUUAAAAGACAACGUCGAUAUGUUGAAAUUGAUUCAAUUAGGGUUAACUUUCUCCGAUGACCAGGGGAAUUUACCAACAUGCGGAACAGAUAAACCCUGCAUAUGGCAAUUCAAUUUCCGAGAAUUCAACGUAAACGACGACGUUUUCGCGAAUGAUUCGGUAGAGCUUUUGAAAGAGAGCGGUAUAGACUUUAAGAAAAACAACGAAAAAGGAAUCGAUGCACGGAGGUUCGGGGAGCUGUUGAUGUCAUCAGGGAUUGUGUUGAAUGACAAUGUGUAUUGGGUGACUUUUCACAGCGGGUACGAUUUCGGUUAUCUGUUGAAGGUAUUGACUUGCAAGAAUCUGCCCGAUACACAAACCGGAUUCUUUAACUUGAUCAACAUAUAUUUUCCGACCAUUUACGACAUAAAGCAUUUGAUGAAGUUCUGUAACAGUCUUCAUGGAGGAUUGAACAAGCUUGCGGAACUGUUGGAAGUGGAAAGAAUAGGGAUUUGUCAUCAAGCGGGUUCGGACAGUUUGCUUACGUCGUGUACGUUUAGGAAGUUGAAAGAGAAUUUCUUUAGCGGUUCGAUGGAGAAGUAUGCUGGUGUGUUGUAUGGUUUGGGUGUUGAGAAUUAAAACAGAUUUGUGAAAAGAAUGUUAGUUCUAUGUUUAAGUUAUACAAUGUGUUGUAAUGGCACCACAGCUUGAGGAUAAAUUAAGGUAAAUAUUUUAUUUCUGUUCUUCA